UUUAACUUCCUGCUUCUAGAGCGCGACAGGGAGAAAUUAGUUGUUCCAAACCGGCGUACUGUUUUACUUACUGUAGGGGUUUAUUCAGAUUAUUUGUAGGAUUUUGUUCCCUGACAGGAAACGCAACAACCAACAGUGUUUAUUUUCUUACAGCUGGUCCUAGUUAGUCUCAGCCGGAGAGUCGCAAUGCCGAGCCAGCCGCUGCGUGUAGCGGUUGUUUGCUCGAGCAACCAGAACCGCAGUAUGGAAGCGCACAAUAUCCUCAGCAAACGUGGAUUUGACGUGCGAUCAUUUGGGACUGGGUCUUAUGUGAAGCUCCCUGGUCCAUCCCCGGAUAAACCUAAUGUGUAUGACUUCAAAACAACCUAUGAACAGAUGUACAACGACUUGGUCCGAAAGGACAAGGAACUAUAUACACAGAAUGGGAUCUUGCACAUGCUGGACCGCAACAAGCGCAUCAAAGUAAAGCCUGAGAGAUUUCAACUGUGCAAGGAUAAAUUUGACCUGGUCAUCACCUGUGAGGAACGAGUCUAUGACCAAGUACUAGAGGAUUUGAAUUCAAGAGAGCAGGAGACCUUACAACCAGUGCAUGUAAUCAAUGUAGAUAUUCAGGAUAACCAUGAAGAGGCCACGCUGGGAGCUUUUCUCAUCUGUGAGCUGUGUCAGUGUAUCCAGCACACGGACGACAUGGAGAAUGAAAUCGACGAGCUCCUGCAAGAGUUUGAAGAUAAAAGCAACAGGCCUUUUCUCCACACCGUCUGCUUCUACUGAUACAUGAAACAAGUUUGCAAUAAACACACACCCAGACCCCCUAGCAAUGAAUAGAAUAUGGAGUAGCCGUCUGUGUAAUCUACGGAUGGUUAAAGCAAGUGCGCGUUGAUACGUGCAUGUGCAUCUGCACAGGCCCUUGAUCCUUUGAGCCAGGACUCAAAGAUUGAGAACUACUGGAAAUAGUUUAAUGGGUGAUUCCACGGAGGAUGGACUUGCUGCUAUUAUGCCUUUUAUUCUUCUUGAUCAGGGUUAGACCGCAGUCCCCCCACCCUGAUCCAAGUCAAAUGAAAUCACAUGACCAUGUCUCCUCAGGGAGAGCUAGGACACAAAGCCCCUCUUUAUUAAGUUGUAAAGCACAUUUGUGCUCCUUUUAUUUUUGUUUAAACAUUUAAUUUCAGUAUGAGAUGAUGUAUAUGUGUACACACAGGAAGUGAAUUGUAUUUUAUUUUGUGCAGCCAUGUGUUGUAGAUAAAUUUGAAUUAAGUUUAAGAGGGCGGGCUAAUGAUGAAUAACCAAACGUCUCAGAGGUGCUCAGCCGGUAUGUUUUGAACGUAAUGUACUGAUUUAUAUUUAAACUGAAAUGCUGUCUAUAAGGGCAUAGGUUUGUUUUUUGUAAAUGUUUAAGAAUUGAAGCUUUGUCAUUUUCAAACUGCAAAGUUCAUCUGAGUGCCUGACUUUUCUGUAUGUAUAUGUAUAUAUGAAUCUACUAAAAACAUGUAAGAUAUUUUAAUGUGCA